UGGUGGACCUCCGGGUCUCGCUUCAGACGUCGGUUGGUUCUAAUCGAAGUGUUCCCGGCUGCUGUGGGCUGCAAGACGCCGUGAUUGGACGCAGACAGGCGGCGAGAAAAAUCUCUCCAAGCGGCGUUAGAGCGCAGGAAGAGCCGGAAGAAGUUCGAUACCACCAACACAACAGGGGGCAGCAGUGAGUUUCAGGGCUUAGGAGAAGAAGAGACCCGGAAGUGCAGCAGUUUGACGUGACCGCAACAGCAGUUGGCUGAUCAUGGUGCUAAAGGAACUUCCUGUUGAGAAUGUGGCCCGCCCUCUGGGCAGAAACGAGGUCAUCGGCCUCCUCUUUCGUCUCACUAUCUUUGGCGCCGUCACCUAUUUCACCAUCAAGUGGAUGGUGGACGCCAUUGACCCCACCAGGAAGCAGAAGGUGGAGGCCCAGAAGCAGGCAGAGAAGCUGAUGCGUCAGAUUGGCGUGAAGAACGUGAAACUCUCCGAGUAUGAGAUGAGUAUCGCUGCUCACCUGGUGGAUCCCCUCAGUAUGCAGAUCACCUGGAGGGACAUCGCAGGUCAGGAUGAGGUCAUCACUGAGCUGAAGGAGACGGUGAUUCUACCUGUUCAGAAAAGGCACCUGUUCCAGGGCUCCAGACUCUUGCAGCCACCCAAAGGCGUUCUGCUGUAUGGACCCCCCGGCUGUGGUAAAACCCUAAUCGCCAAGGCGACUGCCAAGGAGGCGGGCUUUCGUUUCAUCAACUUGCAGCCGAGCACGUUGACGGACAAGUGGUACGGCGAAUCCCAGAAGCUGGCCGCCGCCGUCUUCACGUUGGCUGUCAAACUGCAGCCGUCAAUCAUCUUCAUCGACGAGAUAGACUCCUUCCUCAGGAACCGCUCCAGCUCGGACCACGAGGCCACGGCCAUGAUGAAGGCCCAGUUCAUGAGUCUGUGGGAUGGACUGGACACAGACUAUCACUGUCAGGUGAUCAUCAUGGGAGCCACCAACCGACCUCAGGACCUGGACUCUGCCAUCCUGAGGAGGAUGCCCACCAGGUUUCACAUCAACCAGCCGAGUGUACGGCAGAGGGAGCAGAUCUUACGGCUGAUUCUUGAGAACGAGAGCGUGGACCCCUCACUCGACCUCCUGGAAAUCGCCAAGGAAACAGAUGGUUUCUCCGGCAGUGACCUCAGAGAGAUGUGUCGUGAUGCCGCGCUGCUGUGUGUGCGAGAUUUUGUUCACACUCAGGAUGACAGUGUCUCUGAUGAUGAUGAUGUCAUCCGUCCCAUCCAUCAGUCGGACCUGCAGAGAUCCAUUGGUAAGAUGAAGAAAAGUAAGUCCGCCGGUGGACAGAGCACCGGCCUGCUGCACACUGGUCUGGACUGAUCACAUGAUCCCAGAAGCUGAAAUGCAUUAUGGGUCUCUUCUUCUGCCUCAUCUGUGAUGCAAAAAAACCCAAAAAACUUCCCAAAAGUUGGCGUGAGAAUCGACCGUCAAAGUCGUAUUAUAUUGAACGUCUCCACACAGAUGUUCCGAGUUCUUGUUUCUAACACAUACUGCUGGUUACCAUUCUUUUUGCAACAUUUGCCAAGCCCUGCUAGCCACCUUUAGCGUUGAGCAUUCGGCCCCACUUGUUUUUUCUUGUCAUGUCAAAUUUAUUUUAUGGCAGUCGUUUAUGAUCACAUCAAGUGCCUCAUGAUCACGGGCACUAGCAUGUUACAUUCUUGUUAGCACAAGUGCUAACACUAGAAGAUUAUGUCAGGGUUGUGUUGCCCCUUGUCUGCAUUUUUGACGGCCCGAUUGAACAACUCUCGUCGUUGUUUUGCGGAGCUCCGUUUGUCGCACUCACAUUUUUUUAAAUGCUGAAAAUGACAGCAGAGUUAUCGGACUCUGCUUUUCUUUGGUGGUUUGUGUCUUUGUCGGAGUAAAUCUGACAGUGGCUGACAACACUGGGCUUGCUCGCCCUCAUUGGCCUCACUUGCCUGAGUCAUCAAGCUACGCCCAUCGUAGAGCAAUAAUUGGCUGUAGUCACCUGAGGCCCUCAAGUAACGGUCACUUCCUGUUUGUCUUCAUGUUGUUAAAGUGAAGCGACAUAAUGACAAAGUGACUGUUUUCAUGUUGGUAUUUAAUUGAAUUGUCAUCACCUCCUCUGUUAGUCAAUGGUGUUUUGUCUUGUAUUUAUUUCUUCUUGUUACAUACAACAAGUAAGAUGAAAAACAUUAAAACCUGAGUUAAAAUGUUGAUUU